AGUCUAGGGAGAGGGGAGUUAGCAGCAAGGUGUCCCGCGGUUCGAGUGAACACGAGAAACGCCCUUGGCAAAGGUUACGAAAAACGGGGAAGGUACGAGGGGGCUUCGACACUGGCAUAUGGGUACAAGGGGCUUUGCAUUGUUCCUCAAGAACCUGCCUCACCGAGAGGCACAUACCAAACCGGCUACUUUGGUGUGGCUUGGAGCGAAGCACGUGCUUGGUCGAGCGGCGUCAAGUGGCCCUAUUGUUCGCCGAAUGCGGAAGAUGUCCCGGGAUCUAUGCGCGAGGCAUCGGGACGACCAUGCCGAGCUUCGAGUAAGCGUCGCGCACCGUCGAAGGUGUCGAAGAGCGUCAAAGGCGAAAUCGAAGCCGGAAUGGCAACCCGGGUAGACUUCGAACGCCACGUGGCCGACGCUAAAUGCUGGUCGGAAGGGGGUUAUAAGCAGGGUAGACUUAGCCUCAUUUUCCCCAUCCCAUCAUUCCUUCGUUGCUACCUUGUCGCCCUCUCUCGUAUACUCGCUACUUCCACGAUGUCUGCUCGCUCCGCCACCCCUGCCUCGACGCCUUCGCUCGUCAACCGCCGCCUCGCCUCGCUGCUCAUGGUCCUCGAGGCUCCGCCGACCGCUGACGCCGUGCUCGACAUGGUCGAAGAGUGGGCGCAGGAUUUGUCGCCACUCGUCCUUGCCUAUCGCAAGGCCUUGGGCGCCAUCCGCGACAAGGAGACGGAGCUGCGCGUCGCCGCCGCCGUCAAGCAACUCGCCGAGCGGGCGUCAGAGUCGUGGGUCGAGUGGGCGCGCGGGGACUGGCCCGAGCUUGCGACCGCCAUCGACGCCGAGGUCGAACGACGCCUCGAAGAACAGAAGCGCCUCGCCAAGGAGGAAGCACGACGCGUCGAAGAGGCCGCGAAGCGUGCGAAGGCCGCCGAGGAACGUCACCUCGAAGAUGAACGGCGUCGAAAGGACGAAGAGGACCGUCGGAAGCAGGCCGAAGACGAGCGUCGCGCACAAGAGGCCGCCGACAAAGAGUUGGCGAGGAUCGCGGCCGCCGAAGGACUCCUUCCCGACCCUGCGCCUGCCGGUGUCGACAAGGGUAAAGGGCGCGCGAGAGUCGAUGACGAGGUCACCGAGUUGUCGGACGACCCCUCGGUCAAGACUCCUCGGACGCUCGAGCGUCCUUUUGCAAUGACGGAGGUCGACAUGGCCGCCGUUGCGCUUGAGAAGUGCCUGUCGGGACAGAAGUGCGAUCGUUGCGCCGGCUACCGCUCAGCCCCUGUCGAGUGCGUGUGGGUCAAAAACGCCACCACCUGCGAGAGGUGCGCGCAGUUCCAGCAGGGGUGCUACUUCGACAAAGUGUCGGUGCUUGGGAAAACCAAGAAAACGCGCGGCGGGGGGUCUACCACAAAGAAGCGCAUUCGGUCGACUUCCCCUGGGCCUUUGGUCGCGGAUUCGAGUGGCUCGAAGAAGCGUUGCGUUGACGAGCCUCCCCGCCCCCUUCUACGACUGCCUCUCGAUGGGGCCAGCUGCCUUGGGCUCGAGCAGGACGACCUCGAUGUGCUUGACCUCGACGACGAGUCUCGUGGAAUCAUCCGCGUCAUCCGCAAGGAGCGUGCUCACAUCACGCGCCGUCGAGCGCUCCUCCACGACAUGGACCUCGACCUCCAGAAGAUGGAGAAGGCCGCGCUCGCGAAGGGAGGGAUCCGUUUCGUGCGCGGGGCUGUCAACGAUGAGUAG